CAACACCAGCACCAACACCAGCUUACUGGCGUUAGCGCAACGAUGAGCACCAUACUCAUCGCCAUAUCAUCUGUGCUGAUGCUCUUGGCAGCUGUGCUGCAAGCAUUGGCCGCGGACUCUGGAGCCACCCGAGGGAUCUUGCACGUCCCUUCAAAUGGCUCCCUAGCACAUUGCAUCCCAACGUGCGGGGACGUUGACAUCUCCUAUCCCUUUGGGAUAGGGGCCGGCUGCUUCCGUCAAGGCUUCGAUCUCACCUGCAACCACUCCAGCAAGCAUCCCAAGCUCUUUUUAGGCAGCAGCACUGUCCAGGUCACUUACAUCGACUCCAGCUACGGCAUAGCUUUGACCCCUAUAAGCUUCAAGAUUGCAACAAGCCCAGGUACAAAUGCCUACAACAUGACAUGGGAGUCCCCUGCUAAAGGUAUUACUCUCGCUAGUUAUAAUACCUUGUACGUAGCUGGUUGUGAUUUCGACGUCACCUUGUUCAAGUAUGGUACGGGAGACAUGGUUGGUUCUUGUAUGAGUAGAUGCGCCGGCAAGAAGGCACCGACUGGAGGGUCUUGUAAUGGAAUAGGCUGCUGCCUCAUCCAGUUACCAAGGAACCUGGCAGGCUUUCGGGCAAAACUUGUCAGCACCAAUACUACUGCAACACAAUCAGAUUGGUUGCACCCUGGCAUCACGGCUUUAGUGUCAAGUGAUCAAGCUUAUUACAGAUAUAAUACAACCGAUCUUUUCUCCAGUUGGACAAAUGCAAGCAUGAUUGAUGAUGCGGAGCUUAGAGUUGCCAUCAUGGACCAACCAAGCUGUGAAAGUGCACAACUGAAGAACGAAAGCUAUGCCUGUAGCAACGGUAGCAGUUGUCGGAAUUCCUCAUCCGGUGGUUACCAAUGUGUCUGCUCUUCUUAUAGCGGAGGCAACCCUUACAUUUUAGAUGGAUGCAUGCAAGAUUAUAACCCGAAGCACAAAGAACACUGUCAUGCAUCAUGUGGACCCAUUAUUGUUCCCUUCCCCUUUGGGCUUGAAGAAGGGUGUUUUGCAAAUGAAAAAUUUCAUCUUAAUUGUACAUCUGGCAAUCUCACAGUCUCUGUCUCAGAAGGUGCACACUAUCAGGUGACCGGUGUCUCCCUGGAAGACGGGACUCUGACUGUUAGCAAUAUGGUGAACGGAAGUAAUGAAAAAGAGGCAAUAAUAAUCCAGACUGAAGAUGGAUAUGGAGUGGAGUCACCUAUGGAAGAUCAAUUUGAUUUCUCUAUGGAAUACAACAUUGUUAUAAAGUGGGCGGUUGCCAAUUUAACAUGUGAAACAGCUAUGCAAGAGGAUACUGAGUAUGCAUGCCGCAGUUCCCAGAGCUAUUGCCUAAACGUCACCCACGGGGAAAUAUUUAUGGGAUAUCGUUGUAAAUGUUCCUCAGGAUUUCAAGGAAAUCCGUACGUCAAUGCUGGCUGCACAGGUCUGAUCCUCCUCAUCACCCUUUAUUGUGCACUAAUGUUUCUCUCGCACCUACAAAUAUUUAGAAAAUGA